CACAUUUGUUUUCCACCAGUGUCUAGGAAAGCGUUCGAGUGUGCACACAACGGUUAUAAUUCGUGUCGUCUGAGAACCGCAAUCAGUCAGAUUCGCGACGUCUUCGCGGCCACUCCACUUUACCUCUAAACCAUGUCAGCCGAUCAAGUUUUCCACUCGAGAUCUGAAGGUAUACCUUCGGAGGGAGUAAAGGAUCAGUAUGCAGAUGGCAAGGCGGCCAGGACUUGGAACAAAUUCAUCGGAGACAGCAACCAGAGGACACAGAACUAUAAGGACUUCUUGAUCGGCCUGCUCAGGAAGAAUGGCUGCAAGAAGGUUCUGGACACAGCUUGCGGUACUGGAAUAGACUCGAUGAUGCUGGUAGACGAAGGCUUCAAGCUGGUGUCAGUGGAUGCUUCAGACAAGAUGUUGAAGCACGCGCUCAAGGCCCGGUGGGACAAGAGGAAAGACUCCAAAUACGACGAAUGGAUUAUCGAAGAAGCGAAUUGGGAAACUCUACCUCGUGACAUUCAGUCCUUCUUACCCGGUACCAAGUUCGACGCUGUCAUCUGCCUUGGAAACUCCUUCGCCCAUCUUUUAGACGAGUAUGGCGACCAGAGAAUGCAGAAAAUGUGCCUUAGGAACUUCGCGGAAUGUCUGAAACCCGGCGGUUUGCUGUUCAUUGACCACAGGAAUUAUGAUGCCAUGAUUGAUAGCGGGGCUACUCCUGGACACUCUAUUUAUUAUAAUUGCAAAUAUCCAGUAGACAUCAAGACCUCGGUGCUAGUCGUAUCGGGUAAACCUCAGCUGGUCGCUCUGGACUACUGCAUAACCACUGAUGAUAGCAAUAACGAGAAGAGCGAAUUCCGGUUGUGCUACUUCCCCCACAAAUUGGAGAAAUUCACGCAAAUGCUGGAUGAGGCAUUCGACAACCGGGCUACCCACAAAAUAUACGCUGACUUCAAACCAUUGAGUGAAGUUAAAGUACCAAGCUUCUACAUCCACGUUCUUGAAAAAGCUAGGGAUUAAUUAAGAUAUUAGUUUUAAUAAAUAAUUUAGUUUGUCGUACCUUUCCUUAGGUAAUUUUGACACUAACAUCGCUUACAACUUUUUCCCUGAUUUCUAGUUAUUCUGUAAACAGGCGUCCAUGUGGUUAGCUCAAAUGCAAAAUGCAAAAUUAUUUAUAGUAAAAUUAAGACAAAUUAAUUAUUAUAUUCCUAGGUAAGUAAUAGGUUUUCUUUGUCUCAAAUAUAUAAUAAGAUUCAGAGUGAAAUUACUGUAAUAGUGCCAAAUGUAAUUACCUACUCAAUCCAAUAGUUUGAAUGAAACACAAAAAUGACAUUAUUAUUAAUUGAAUAAAAUUGUUACUUGUU